UUUUUAGUUCCGAGUUCCUCCAGCCAGCUGCACGACAACAACAUUGCACGUUACCCGUGAUGCCCCGCGCCGGUCAAACAUGGCGGCGCGCACGCGGCGCUUCCGGCACGUGUUGGUGCAGCGUGGACGGGCUUGAGGCUGGAGGUGCGCGGGCUUGAACGAUCCACAAAGUCCAUAACGUCCCACCUCCCCUCGCCCGCACUCGUUAUCCAGUCUUGCAGGGUGCGGGGGCGCUGUUGGCAUCUUUAACGAACGUCGUGAACACCGCACUCGACCACGCCACCCCCUGAAGAAGCGUGUUCAACCGACAGCACCGAUGUCACCGUCGUGACCAUAACCAUGAUCAUUGUGGCCAUAGGCGUUGCCAACUAGUAACCACGAAGUGAAUCAAACACCUAAAUAAUACUUUUUAAAAACGUACAAUCUACGUCAAUAGCUUGCGCCUUAGUCCCAUCGGCGGAAUCGUUAAGUCCUCGCCCUUCCGCUCCAGCCGCUGCUUGCAGCAUCACCCCAACCGGGGAGCGCUCCCGCCUCGCCUCCGCCCGCCUGGCUAAAUCGAAGAACAUCGUCGCAAAACACACGAAGACACGCGACUCGGUACAGAAGAGACUCCGUGCGGUGGCAGCAGCGGGCGGGGGGGGGGCGCCAUGGUGCCUCUGCACGUCGCCCGGGCCUCGUUCCCCGCACUUCGCCUCCGACUCGGCGGCUUCGUGGGCCGCGCGCUCUCCGCUGCCGCCGAUCGCGGCGGCGAUUCGCCGCAGGAGUACGCCGCUCUGCUCGAGAGCGAGGCGCGGAACUGCAAGCGAGUGUUCGACAGGGACCGGAGCAGGAGCCGCAGGAUCCGGCAGAAGCUGCAGGACGCCUACGCACGGUUCACUACCGAGCACGACGACGCGACGGUGGUGGGCGACCACGUCUACUACGAGGUGCAGGGCCGCGUCUACCGACGAGCGCUGCAAGCAGCGUCGCGCGUGGGGGCCGGGCCGGAGGAGUUCCUCGUCGAUCUGGACCGCACCCCGCCCGGCGCGACGUCGCGCGACGCUCGGCUCCGAGGCCUCCGCCUCUCCCCCGGACGCUCGCGCCUCGCCCUCACCGUCUCCUGCGGCGGCAGCGCCGCGCUCGCGUGCCUCGUGCUGGCGCUGCCGGGGCCCGGCCGCGCCGGCCGCCGCCGCUCGCCCGGCGCUCUCCUCCUGUGCUGCCUGCCAAGCGUCACGGCCGUCGAGUGGGCCACCGACUCGGUGCUCUACUACACGGAGGCGGCGGAGGAGCUGAUCCCCCGGGCGGUGUGCGCGCUGCAGCUGGGAGACGCCGGCGCCGUGACGCACCGGCUAUUCCAGGAGCACGACGAGAGCUGCUUCGUGGAGCUGGCGCGCACGCGCGACGGCCGGUUCGUGACGGUGAACCGCAGCUGGCGAGGCCACAGCUCCGAGGUGCUGCUGCUGGACACGGCGGCGCCGCUGUGUCCACCGCGCGUCGUGCAGGAGCGGGCGCCGGGGCUCACGUACCACGUGGAGCGAGCGGGGGGGCGCCUCCACGUGCUGGCGGCGCUGGCGGAGAGCGACGAGUACCAGGUGCUGCGGGCGAGCGAGUCGGCCCCGGGCCGGGAGGGCUGGCGGCCGCUGUGGCGCCCCCCGCGGGGCUCGCGGCUGCUCGACGUCGACUUCCUCGACUCGUGCCUCGUCGCGUCGCUGACGGCGGAGCGCGGCGCUCUGGCGCUGUCCGUGGUUCCGUACGAACGUCCGGACCGCGCCGCCACCGUGCAGUUGGCCCCGUGGGCCUGCGUCCUGGAGCCGGACGCGAGCGCAGAGCGGGGGCCGCAGGAGUUUGGGUUCCGCCUCUCGUCUCCCGUCCUCCCGGGCGAGCGCCGCGUGCUGGACGUGGCGAGCGGACGAGUCCGGGGGGACGCGGGAGACGGGGACCCCGGGGGGGACGCGACGGCGAAACGGGACGCCGCGCGGAGCGUCGAGCGGGACGGCUACUCCGUCUGCAGGCUCCACGCCGUCAGCCAGGACGGGACGGCAGUGCCGCUGACCGUGCUGCACUCGCGCGACCCCCCCGGCGGCGACCUCUCCGGGCGACCGCUGCUGGCGCACGUUUACGGCGCGUACGGCGUGGACGUGGCCAUGGGCUUCAGGCCCGAGCUGCGCGUGCUGGCCGACGCCGGCUGGGUGCUCGCGUUCUGCCACGUGCGGGGCGGUGGCGAGCGCGGCCGCUGGUGGCACGCGGCGGGACGCGGGGCGCACAAGCGCGCCGGCCUGCACGACCUGCGCUCGUGCCUGGCGGAGCUCCACGCUCGAGGACUCUCCCGCCCGGGCCUCACCGCCCUCGCCGCCUCCAGCGCCGGCGCCGUGCUGGCCGGCGCUCUGUGCAACGAGUCUCCCGGCCUGGUGCGCGCCGUCGUCCUGCAGGCUCCCUUCCUGGACGUGCUGGGCACGAUGCGCCGCCCGGAGCUGCUCCUCACGCCGCAGGAGCGGGGCGAGUGGGGCGACCCGCUGAGCGACGCCGCCGCCCUCCGCCACAUCGGCAGCUACUGCCCCUACACCAACGUGCGGCCGCAGGCGUACCCGGCCAUGUACAUCAGCUGCUCGCUGGGGGACCGCCUGGUGCCGGCGGCCGGGGUGCUGCGCUACGUCUCGCGUCUGCGCCAGGCGAUGGCCGAGCACCGUGCGUCGUGGCCGCCCCUCGCCGGCACCGAGGCCGCCGCCGCCGAGUCGCCGCUGGUGGUCAGCGUGUACGAGGGGGGGGGCCACUGUGGCCCAGACGACCUGGACGGCCACGUUCGCGAGGUGAGAACGCGUUUUCUCAAGCGACGUCGAUACGCGUUACCCUGCACCGUCAAAACGGUGAUUUUAAGCGGCGUUACAAGCGCAUUUUCACGGAUCGACACCCGGCCAGUUAACCUAUGGCCACGCACGAUCCAGUGCGGUGUUUGUGCAUGGGUGCAAAUAUGUUGAUCGAUGUUCACACAUCUGACCACCUCGCACGCAGGCAUGCGGUAUUGACCUCACGUACGAUGGCUCGCCCCUAAAGCGCAGUGAAGCGUCGUCACACACCUAAAGCAGUUUGCACUUUAGUUUCGUCCAGCGACCUGUUUUUGCAGUGCGACCGCCAUUUUCUACAGAUGGUCACACACCCGCACUUGUUUUUUUUGACUCGUCUGCUUACAGUUCAGUCCCCACGAGUCAAAUGUGCGGCACCGUAGUCAUUAGCUUGGCCUUUAAAAAUACUGAUUCAGCCAAAAUGAGCAAUGGCCCCUCUU